CGGCAAUAGGUCUACUCCACCCACUUCAAGCUGCUCAAGGAUUACAGGUAAACUACAAUUGUAUAUGCAAUUUUUUUACAUUGAGAUCAACUUAAAUAUUUUUCUAGUCCGUUAAGUCGCUGGGACGUAUCAUGAUGGAGGCGCAUGGGUCCGAAGCACAUGUUAUUGAGGGCGUUGAAGAUUUCUUUAUCUAUGUGCAACGCUUUUGGUUUGAAAGAAUUGGGCCUGAUCGAUUCUGCGUUCAAAAUGAUGCCAGGCGGACAAAUAAUCAUUUGGAGUCCUUUUACAAGAAAAUUAAUCAAAGAAUGAAUGGCCGUCGAUUGCCUAUUUGGAUUUUUUUGAGGCAUCUCCAAAAAAUUGAUGCAUCAGAAUUCAACGACUUUCUUGCCGCCAGCCGCGGAGAACAAGUUCGCCGCCCACGCGGCCUUCAUGAUAGGCGCCGUCAAGCAAGAAUCUUUCAAGCCACAACAAGGCUGAAUAGAAUGGAAUACACUAUUUGUGAAUUCCUUGAAGUCGUAUCCUGUUUAUUCGAGCCCGUACCUUACAUUGCAAAUGAGAACCAGGAACCUCUGGAUCAACAACUUGAAGACAUCUUCAGAAGGGUGCUGAAUCCAGUUGAUGAGCUCCAACCUUUGCCCGUCGCGGAUCCUCCAGCAUAUGCUGUUCCUCAGCCUCAACAACAAAAUAAUAGGCGAGGUAGAAGGAGAGAAGCCGAGGAACCCGCAGUUCAACAACAUCCCGCGGGAGUAAACGCAAGAGCCGAGAGACAUUUGCGCCGCCAAGCUCUGAUUGACGAAGUUCGAAAUAACAGGGAAGGGAAUAACGAGAUUCCGCCCGUUGCGAACAACCCAGGCCCCGAACUGCAGGGAAUGAAUCCUCCCGUUCACAACAAUCCAGGCCUUGAGCUGCAGGGAGAACAUCCGCAACACUUGUGCACCGUUUGUUCAUUAAACGCUAUUAAUAGCAUACUGCCGUGUGGGCAUCCAUUCUGUUUGGAAUGUCUUACUAUAAUUCGUAAUCAAGACAGACCUAAUCAUUCACAAUGCCCAAGAUGCAGGGCUCGUUUCGAUGUGCCAACAAGAAUAUUCUUCUAAUAAUGGUUUCAUU